CGUUGACGUGACGACAUUCAGUAAUGGCAAGUGACAGAGGGUGAGGAAGAAGAGGCGAAAGUUUUCCAGCUAGUACUUCUUACUGACCUUUUUUUGUUUUUAAAUAUUUAAAGUUUUACUUACUUCUUUAAUAAUUGAGUGUCGUCGACGUUGUUGUUGUUUUAUGCUAACGUGAGCGGUGUGCGGUCGAACAGGAAAACAAGUUUCCUUGAGUAACGUAAACACGCUAAAGAAGAGGUGAAACUAUGACUAACAGAGAAGACGAGUAUGACUAUCUUUUUAAAGUGGUGCUGAUCGGUGAUUCGGGUGUAGGGAAGAGUAACCUGCUGUCCCGUUUCACCCGGAAUGAGUUCAACCUGGAGAGUAAGAGCACCAUUGGGGUGGAGUUUGCUACACGCAGCAUCCAGGUAGAAGGAAAGACCAUCAAAGCUCAAAUCUGGGACACGGCUGGCCAAGAGCGAUAUCGAGCGAUCACCUCCGCGUAUUACCGUGGAGCAGUUGGAGCUCUUUUGGUAUAUGACAUUGCCAAACACCUAACAUAUGAGAAUGCUGACCGCUGGCUCAAAGAGCUGAAAGACCAUGCAGACAGCAACAUAGUCAUCAUGCUGGUGGGCAACAAAAGUGAUCUACGUCAUCUACGGGCAGUACCCACAGAUGAAGCCAGGGCGUUUGCAGAGAAGAAUGGCUUAUCCUUCCUGGAGACAUCAGCAUUGGACUCAACGAAUGUGGAACAAGCUUUCCACACGAUUCUUACAGCCAUCUACAACAUUGUCUCACAGAGGCAGAUGUCAGGACGGAGUGACUCAGACUUCUCACCAGCCUCCAAUGUAGUGCCCAUCACUGUUGAGCCGACCCAAAAUUCAGCCAGCAAGGGUGUCUGCUGUGGGAGCAACUAAGACUGUGUGACUAGCCGCCUCCUCCACCUCCAGGCAGCAGGAGAAACAUCCAGAUAGAAAAUCAGACAGACAGAUGAACAGGGAAAAUGGAGAAACAGGUAGAAAAAAAAGAAACCAUUUCACACAAGGACACAUGUACUGGGGUUGAUUUGUCCUGAAACCUUAAUACAGUAUGAAGUUGGGACCACUGAAGGAGGGCUAAUAAUGAGUUUAGAUAGACAGGAGGGGGAACCGGGGUCAGUAGUACCAUUGGAAAGAAAGCAGAUCACAUGCACCGUACCAAAUGCAUUAAGCUUUGCAGUUGCACUCUGAGUUUAAUCAACUUUUUAACAUGAAAGAGGCAUAUGAAUGGAACAUAUGCAUUGUGAAAUUGUGAAACAAAUUGAGCACAUUGUGUGGUUUCUUGUGUAUCUUAUCAGGAUUUCUGUCUUUGCAAACGCUCCUCCCUUUGAGAGUGUUAUCUUAAAACCUGUAAAUGUUUCCCUUCGGAUUCCUACUGCCAAGAUACUGGGGCAAUAAAAUUCACACCUAAAUGUCUACGCUGUAACCGCUCUUUUACAGCUGUCAUCCUCAGUUUUUUCCACAAUGUAUUUAGAAAUAACGUCCCUCACAAUAUUUAUUGAACACUAUGAGUAGAUUGCAUCUUGUGUGGCUGAAGGCUUUGCAUAUUAACACUAGGUAGUGUUGAUUUUUCACACUGAUUAUUUCACAGUAAAGCUCUCCCUCUGUCUGUCUCACUCUCUCUCCCACAAUCCUCAUGUGAAGAAACUUUGAAGGGAAACUACCUCUCUCUAAUGGAGGAGCAUGUCUUGCAAUAAACUUUCCAAAAUGCACCUGCUGGGGUUUAGUCGCAGCCAGUUGGUUGAAGUUGUGUUGCGAUAGGUCACUUAAAGCGUUAACACCUCUUCCCUGCAGUGACUGGGAAAUUUCUGUUUUGAUCACUUUUGAUCCUUGUUUGGAAGGCAUUCAUUCCUGCUCUGUGCAUACUUUGUACCCUACCUUGGAGUCAUGCUUUUACACAAUGUUAACUCUAAAUGAGACAGGAAAUCUGCCUCACGUUUCAGUGGGAUAACUAGCAUGGCUGAUGACUGGUUCACCCCUUGCCUGAACCUUUGUGUGCCGAGGGAGAGGAUGGGAUUAAAUGCAUGGGCAACGCUGUGCUUCUGCUGCCUGCUUGCUGGGAUAGAUGGAUGAUAAUGUUUCAGGGAAUGAGGUAGUGUAGGCACUCAGCCCUGCCCUGCUCCUGUGGUCUCUGAUGUAUCCGAGAUGGCUUGUUUUACUGUAAGUGAAAUCCUCCACUGCCUUCUCACCUACUCCUUUCUGUCUCUGUGCACUGUAAUAACUGGAACAGGACUCUGGGAUCUCCCUGAGGUGGGGCUACACUCUCUUGUCUUUUAUUUCCUGUGGGGAAUAUGUUCAGCAGAUGGCAGUAGGUUUUUUCCUCUCUCUCUUCAAGCUAAUAGUGUAAUAGAUGAGGAAAAGGAGCAUUGUGAGGGGCUUGAUUAAAUCCAAAGGUUAUGCACACAAACCGUUUAUUCUGCUGACGUGUUUCCACAUAAACUCUGACUUCUGUUGAUUUCACUGCUCUUAAAUUGUGUGGUGUAGGUUAGGGAUUUUUAAACUUUUAUUCUGUUAUAUGUAUAUUUGGACUGCAUAUGUAUAAAAUAAAUCUCAUUUGUUAUAGA